AUGGCAAUACUUUCGUUGUCACUGUUUCACCCCCCUGAUUCUUACUGCGGCGCGUGCGCUGCGUUCGCGUAUAGACAAGUCAGUCCAGUUGUUGUUAAGUGUAUCUUCAUCUUGGGUCCCUCACAUCACGUGAGGUUGGGAGGCUGUGCAUUAUCCUCUCUGGAUAAAUAUCAGACGCCACUCUACGACCUUACAAUAGACAAACAAAUAUAUUCCGAAUUGGAAGCAACUCGUCAGUUCGAAUGGAUGGACAUACAGACGGACGAAGAUGAACAUUCUAUAGAAAUGCAUCUACCCUACAUCGCUAAAGUUAUGGAGGAAUAUAAAACCGGUUUCACAAUUAUACCAAUUUUAGUUGGAUCUCUAACACCGGAGAAAGAAGCAAAGUGAGUAUUCAAAAUUCAACUUCUUCCACAAUAAAA